GGGGGUAAAGAGAGAAAAUCUUGUUGUUUUUUGAGAGCAAUUCCUGAGAGGAAAUAAAACAUCCCUCUGAAUUGUUGGGAGUUAGAAAAAAAAUCCCACACCAAUCUGUGUGGAUAUUUUUUCUCUGGUUUCUUCUUAAAAUACAUUUUUUUUCUCCCAUUGUUUCCCUUUUAUUUUGUCUCUGUCCUUUUAAAGGAAUGGACACUGAGGAUGGGGAGUUUCAGGACAGCUGUGUUCGUUAAAUUUCACAGUGAAUCACAGACAAGGUUGAAACAGGGCUCAAGAAAAAACAGACAGGGAGACACUCUAACAAGAGAGGAAGAGAACAUUUUCCAUUUGCAACAGUAACUUUUUUUUCCCCUGCAUCCUCUCUUAGUGAGAAUUUGGAAGUCCUCACUCCCACCUUUUAAAAAAAAAUCCUCUUCGAUCCUUUCUUCUCCCCCCCCCAAAAAAAAUCUCUGGUUAAAAAAUCACCAUCGAUUCCAGAGAAUUUUUGUUUUUUUUCCCACCCCUCCCCGAAGGAAAUGGACCUCCUCUGGUUUGGUUUGUUGGGGCUGAGGAUUUGAUUUCAUUUUUUUUGUUGCAGUUUGUUUGUUGUGUGUUUUUUUUUCGUGGCAUACUCGGAAUGUUCUGUUGGGUUCCCCAAAUGGGCACGAACUGUAAAACAAAGACCGUCACCUUGUGUUGGGGUUUGCUGAUUGUCUGCACCUCUCUCACUCUGGGACAGACAGAUGCGGAAAUAUGCAGUGGUAUGGAUAUCAGGAAUCACGUGAGUGAUCUCCGACAGCUGGAGAACUGUACCAUAAUCGAAGGCUACCUGCAGAUCCUGCUCAUCUUCAACGGCAAAGCAGAAGACUUCCGUGUCCUCCGAUUCCCAAAGCUAACGGUUAUCACCGACUACCUGCUGCUAUACCGCGUCUACGGGCUGGAGACGCUGAGGGACCUCUUCCCAAAUCUUGCCGUCAUCCGUGGGAUAAACCUUUUCUUCAACUACGCUCUGGUCAUCUUCGAAAUGAUUCACUUGAAAGAGAUUGGGCUGUACAGCCUUCAGAAUAUCACACGGGGCGCUGUGCGGAUUGAGAAGAACCAUGACCUCUGUUACUUAUCCACCAUUGACUGGUCCUUUAUUCUGGAUCCUGUGGAGAAUAACUAUAUCGAUCGGAAUAAACAGCAGAGCGAGUGUGGGGAUGUUUGCCCAGGAACCAUGGAGGACCAGCCCCUCUGUAUUAAGACCAGUGUGAACAACCAGUACAACUACCGCUGUUGGAACGCGAACCACUGCCAGAAAGUGUGCCCAAAGUCCUGUGGAAAGCGAGCUUGUAACAACAAGGAUGGGUGCUGCCAUGAGGAGUGUCUGGGGGGUUGCACCGCCCUGAACAGUAACAGGGCCUGCAUGGCAUGUCAGAACUACUACCACGAGGGCCAGUGCCUGCCCAACUGCCCGCCAGGCACUUACAAAUAUGGCGGAUGGCGGUGUGUGACCAAGGAUUUCUGCUCCAAGCUCCAAGGCAACAGUCCCAAGGAACCGUUUGUCCUCCACCAAGGAGAGUGUAUCCUCGAAUGUCCAGCAGGCUACAUCCGCAAUGGCAGCAGCAUGUACUGCACUCCUUGUGAUGGCCCCUGUCCCAGUGUCUGCUCAGUGAAGACGAAGACCAUCGACUCUGUCACCGCGGCCCAGAACCUGCAAGGAUGCACGGUCAUCGACGGCAACUUGAUCAUCACAAUCCGCAGGGGGAACAAUAUCGCAGCAGAGUUGGAGGCAAACCUGGGGCUGAUAGAAACCAUUUCGGGGUACGUGAAAAUCCGCCAUUCGUAUGCCCUGGUCUCGCUUUCCUUCUUCAAGAGUCUGCGCUACAUCAAUGGCGAGGAUCAGCUGGAAGGGAACUAUUCUUUCUACGUGUUGGACAACCAGAACCUUCAGCAGCUGUGGGACUGGAGCCGUCACAACCUCACCAUCAAACAGGGGAAAAUCUACUUCGCCUUCAACCCCAAGCUCUGCGUAUCUGAGAUUUACCGCAUGGUGGAGGUGGCUGGUGUGAAAGGGCGACAGGGCAAUGCAGAUAUGGAGCAGAGGACUAAUGGAGACAGAGCGUCCUGUGAAAGUCACAUCUUGAAGUUCACGGCCAAUUCCACAGCAAAAAACAGGAUACUACUGAAAUGGGAGCGAUAUCGGCCUCCAGAUUACAGGGACCUCAUCAGCUUUAUUGUCUACUACAAGGAGGCACCCUUUCAAAAUUUGACAGAGUAUGAUGGCCAAGACGCAUGUGGCUCCAACAGCUGGAGCAUGGUUGACGUUGACCUUCCCCAGAGCAAGACCCAAGAGCCUGGGGUGUAUUUGACAAAUCUGAAGCCCUGGACACAGUACGCCAUUUUUGUGAAGGCAAUCACACUCGCCACCUCAGAAGAUGGCCGCAACCAUGGGGCAAAGAGUGAGAUCAUCUACAUGAAGACAAAUGCCUCAGUGCCUUCAGUCCCCCUCGAUGUGCUGUCUAUGUCUAACUCCUCAUCUCAGCUGGUCGUAAGGUGGAAGCCCCCUGCCUUUUCAAACGGUAACAUCACCUACUACCUGGUGCGUUGGCAGCAGCAGCCAGAGGACACCGAGCUCUAUAAGCAUGACUACUGCCACAAAGGUAUGAAGCUGCCCACCAGAAUCUCAGCAACUGGGGCCAUCGAUUUGGAGGGGGAGGGCGAUGCCGACUCCAAGCAGUCUGGGAAAACGGAGCACGGGCAGUGCUGUACCUGUCCGAAAUCCCCAGACGAGCUGAAGGCAGAGGCAGAGGAAGUCAUGUUUCAGAAGUCGUUUGAGAACUUCCUGCACAACUCCAUCUUCAUGCCGAGACCUUCCCGGAAACGCAGAGACACGUUUGGAAUAGCGAACGCCACCCUGGGUGUGAACAACACCGCCCCGCCAGAACGGCAUGGGAAUAAUUCCAAUCCGGAGAGGAAGACCGACUACCCCUUCUUUGAGAACAAAGUGUGGUACAAGGACAGAACGGUGAUCUCGAACUUGCGGCACUUCACCACGUAUCGCGUUGACAUUCACGCGUGCAAUCAUGAAGCUCUUAAACUCGGCUGCAGCGUUUCGGCGUUUGUGUUUGCCAGAACGAUGCCAGCAGAAAAAGCUGACAACAUACCGGGUCCGGUCAUGUGGGAACCCGGGGAUGAUGAGGUCAGCAUUUACCUCAAAUGGCCGGAGCCCCCCAGUCCAAACGGGUUGAUCCUGAUGUAUGAAGUGAGGUACAGCCGCGGGGACAGUGAGGUGCAGCAGGAGUGUGUUUCCAGGCAGAAUUACAAGCUGCAGAGCGGUGGCUGUAAACUGGACCGACUGAGCCCUGGGAAUUACACUGCGGAGGUGCGAGCCACCUCCCUCUCUGGCAAUGGCUCCUGGACCGACCCGGUGAUGUUCUAUAUAAAGGCAAAACCACCUGGACCUGAUAAUCUUAUGCAGCUGGUCAUUGCUUUACCCAUUGCGGUGAUGUUGGUGAUAAUUAGUCUGGUGUUAAUGCUGUAUUUCUUCAACAAGAAGAGAAAUAGUGACAGACUUCCAAAUGGAGUUCUAUACGCCUCUGUGAACCCAGAGUAUUUCAGUGCUGCGGACAUGUACGUGCCGGAUGAGUGGGAGGUCCCACGCGAGAAGAUCACCAUGACCCGCGAAUUGGGCCAAGGCUCCUUUGGGAUGGUUUACGAGGGCGUUGCCAAGGGUGUGGUGAAGGGGGAUCCGGAGACGAGAGUCGCCAUCAAAACGGUCAAUGAGUCAGCCACGAUGCGCGAACGAAUCGAGUUCCUCAAUGAGGCAUCGGUGAUGAAAGAGUUCAAUUGUCAUCAUGUGGUACGUCUGCUCGGUGUCGUGUCGCAAGGGCAGCCGACGUUGGUUAUCAUGGAGCUGAUGACCCGUGGAGACCUGAAGAGCUACCUGCGGUCACUCCGACCUGAUGCAGAGAAUAACCCAGGCCAGCCACCUCCCACCCUGAAGAAGAUGACCCAGAUGGCAGGCGAGAUUGCAGAUGGCAUGUCUUACCUCAACGCUAACAAGUUUGUCCACCGGGAUCUGGCGGCCAGGAACUGCAUGGUGGCUGAGGAUUAUACGGUGAAGAUUGGAGAUUUCGGGAUGACGCGUGACAUCUACGAGACAGAUUAUUACCGGAAAGGAGGGAAGGGAUUGCUGCCAGUCCGCUGGAUGUCACCGGAAUCACUGAAAGAUGGCGUUUUCACCACCCACUCCGAUGUCUGGUCCUUUGGUGUUGUCCUCUGGGAGAUUGCCACGCUGGCAGAGCAGCCUUACCAGGGGAUGUCCAAUGAGCAGGUUCUGCGGUUUGUGAUGGAGGGUGGAUUACUGGAGAGACCCGAAUCGUGUGCAGACAGCCUGUACGAGUUGAUGCGCAUGUGUUGGCAGUACAACCCGAAAAUGCGCCCUGCCUUCAUGGAGAUCAUCCAGACCAUCAAAGCUGACUUGGACCCGUCCUUCAAAGAGGUCGCCUUCUUCUACAGUGAGGAGUGCAAGGCCCGGGACGUCGAGGAGUUUGAGAUUGAGGCGGAUAAUAUGGAGAGCAUCCCCCUUGACCCAUCCUCCACCCUCCAGCACACUGACAAGCACUCAGGCCACAAGGUGGAGAACGGACCCGGAGUGGUCCUCAGAGCCAGUUUCGAGGAACGGCAACCCUACACCCACAUGAACGGGGGCAGGAAGAACGAGAAAGUGUUCCCUUUGCCCCACUCAACAGCCUGCUGAUCCCCUCCCCACUCCUCCCUGGAACCAAGACAAGACAAACCCAAAACACACAAGCCACACACACAGAGACACAUACAGGCACGCACGCACACGGAUACAGCCACACACGCACACGGAUACAGACACACGCGCACACGGAUACAAACGCAGACAGGCGCGUGCACGUACACAGAGUCACGCCGACAAACACAUGCCCCCCCACACACUCUCACAGAGAGAAACAAACCUUGUGUAUCUCUCAAUAGAUUUCAAACUGCCAUCACUGCACGGUGGAGAGAACCUGUUCAAGUCGCCACCCUCAUGUUUCCAAAUGCAAACCGUUUUUUUUUCUGGGAAAAAAACAACAGGGAGCUCAGCUGAACUUGUGAUACAAGACACUUAGUCCUCGAUCUCUCACUGCUUCAUUGUCUAAACAUAUCUGAAGUCCAACAGAGGAACACUCGACAGAGAGCUUGCUUGGGCUCUCCCCUCCGCUCCCUAGCAUCAUCACUACUGGUCUUAGAUAUAUAGAUGUACACAGACCUAUAGUAUCUAUGUUUUUCAAACCGAUCUGACCCUCGGAAUGGUUGUUUGCUGGGAGCGUCCAUUGCUUCUGUCUUCUGGGGCUGUCAGAAGUGUCUUGGGUGUGGUCUCACACUGCAGCCAAAUUUUGCCAAACUUCACAAGGAGGAAGAAACGGUCUAAUUACAAAAUGUGUUUCAGCUCGCAGGAGGGGGAGAGGAGAACUGGCAUUGCUCAUAACGUAGAGACGAAAUUGGGCAGAGGGGAAAGGAGCACAGGUAGGUGCAGUCAUCAGAGGAGAGCAGCGUCGGAGACGUCCCACAUCGCUCGAUGGAACGUGGUGUGUGAACUUGCGGUUAAGGCAAAUGGACAAAGAGGAGGGGCGAGAAGGACCCAGUCUCGAGAGUGUGAGAGUGUGUGUGUUCGUGUGGGGGAGGGGAGGGGGGAGAAAAAUACAGCAAGAAAAAAAGAUAGACAAAAAGAAGCAGUUAAGUGCUAAGUAUUUUCUGACGUGAUCAGUUACAUUAGAGUUCUAGUGAAUGGGUCUUGCAGUUCUAUGUUUGACCAUUGACCCUUUGGGUACUCAUUGUGUCACUUUUAUAACGUUUAUGGGUUUUUUUUUUCCAUCUGUCUUUGAAAGAAAAGCUGCUAUAAUUUUUUUUGUUUCCUUAACUCUGGGGAUGAAAUCAAUUUUACCUUCAGGUCUACUGCCUCGUUCCUCCCACUUCUCCCCACUGUUCCUUCACCAUCUUGUUCCUUCACCAGUUUCUUAACACUUUGUACAACACUUCAAACUGACUUGUAUUUCUUCCCGAUAAUAGUUCCGAUCUCACAGUGUCACCAUGAACUUCAGCCUUUUCUUUUUCCAAAAAGAAAGAAAUUAUUUGAAAGCCAGAGGAUGGACCCUUUGAUGACACCAGUAAGAAAAUGUCAUCGCUCAGUGCAUUAAUAGAAACCAUUUAUUCCCCCACCCCUCAAGUGAUCCUCAAACAUAACCGAGCAGUAAUAGUUUUUGAGUAUGUGUGUCUGAACUAGUACAGGGCGUGAAAUAAAUAUACUCAGGUCAAACAGUUUAAUACUAGUACAUGUCUUUCUCAGUGUUCCCAUGUUCAUUUUUUGUGCAUAUGUGGAAAAUGAGUAAGCUUUUCUUCCCCGUUUCCUCUAGCACCAAACAAAAACCCUUUUUUUUUUUAACCAAAUUGGGAUAGUUAUGCUGACAGCUCAUGUUUGACUAUGUGAUUGUCUUUGUUUUAUUUUUUCAGCUACAUAUCUUUCCUGUUCAGGUGUUUUUUAGUGGUUGAAUUUCUUUUUCUGAUUAUUACCAGGAUGAGGCUUUAGCAAGCCGUACUGGGCGGCCAUUUUGUAAUUUGCUGCAUUGUCCAUUUAACUGACUCGAUUUCAAAACCUGACAUUGCAGAGUUCUCGUUUUUAGGGUUGUAUAAUUUAAAGUGAUUGCUCCAUGCUAAUGCCAGACUGUCAGGAGGAGUGGAUAUUGUUAACUAUAUCAGCUUGUCAAAGUCAGUAAUAAGCAGUCUGACAGCCAUCCGAAAGAAAUUUUUUUAUGCUUUAUAAAACAUGUCUGGCAUCAACUAACCUCCAAUAUCAAGAGGCAAUGGAGUCUACUAAUUAUCAGGGAAGGUAGACAUUCAAAUAAUGAGUGCGUGCCUGUUUAGCCCUGCACAAGGCUUUAGUGUGUUGAGACUGGGUCCACAUUCGCCACAUGGGUUAAAGGGUAGCUGAAAACGGCCAACCAUCUAUCUCCUGAUCCCAGGAUGUCGGAUAUUUCCGGCCUGUUCCAGGUUGUGCCGUUCCUCAUCGGUGCUUCACAGAGAACACAACGUACCGGGAC